AUGCGGCUCUUGCAAAUUGAAAGCAAUGGGAACCUUGUACUGAAGCAUUUCGAUACGGGUCAUGAGAUCCCUCCCUAUGCGAUCCUUUCACACACGUGGGGAAGAAGAGAGGCACUUUACGAUGAUCUUGGGAAAUUCAAAGUUGUACAGGACAUCAGUGGAAAACUUGGGGCAAUUUGGCAAAAAGUGCGCUUUUGCGCAGAGCAAGCCAAACGGGAUGAUCUGGACUACUUUUGGCUGGACACUUGCUGCAUCGACAGGCCAAACGACCUGGAGGUAGAAGAGGCAGUCAACUCUGCGUACAAGUGGUACAAAAAUUCCAAAAGAUACUACGUGCUCCUCUCAGACUUCAAAAUUAACUCCUUGGAAGGCGACGGAAAAUUAGCUUUUAGGAAGAGCAAGUGGUUCACUCGAAGCGGGACAAUUGUAGAGCUUCUAGCUCCCUCUUCUAUAGGGUUUUUCUCUAUAGCUGGGACUCGAUUAGGAGACAAGGAGUCUCUUAAAAGAAUCAUACACGAAAUCACACGAAUACCGCUAAAGGCCUUGUCGAAAAGCGACUUGUCAAACUUCAGCGAGGAUCGUGCAUACUGUUUACUCGGCUUGUUCGACUGUCACAUGCCACUAAUUUAUGGUGAAGGGAGAGAUCGUGCAUUGAAACGACUGAUGCGGGAGAUAAUGGGAGAAACGUCUGAAAAAAUCCGCCGCUGGCUUUCGCCGCCUGAUCCUUCUACAAACUAUCACAAAGAACGCAAGAAGCAAGCGCCUGAAACGAGCGUUUGGUUGCUAGAGGGCUCAGAAUUCAAGCAAUGGAAAUCAAGUGUAGAUAGUGUACUCCCAUCACCAUUGUGGCUGCAAGAAUCACCAGGAUUCAGGAAAACCAUUAUGAGCUCUACUAUCAUCGAGUAUCUUCAGCAGCAUUAUCAAGAAUAUAUAGACAGGGUGACGAUAUACUUCUACUUUGAUCCUAAUGAUGAACGAAAACAGAGUCUAGAGCACAUGCUCCGUUCGUUGCUCUACCAGCUUCUGCAACAUUCGGCUACAAUACCGAAGGGCAUUGAGGCUUUAUUCUUAUCACACCAAAGCGGAGAAAAACAACCAUCGAUACAUGCGCUUAUAGAAGCGAUAAGAAAGGCUGUGCAGGAUUUUAGCCAAGUUUACAUCGUUCUCGAUGCUCUCCACGAGUGUGCGAACCUUCCAGAACUGCUACUGAACUUUGUUCAAGCAGUGGCUAGGUGGAAUGCUCCUAAUCUGCGUCUGGUUAUGAGUAGCCGUCGAGAAAUCGACAUCUGGCUAUUUUUGCGUGGGUAUCCGUCUCUGCAAGGGGAUCGCAAACUCCUCCAUGGAGAACCUACAUUUAUGGAAGUGAAGCAACGCGUUCAGCAUAGGCUGUCAUACGACAACGAAUCGGGAAGACGGGAUCAGAAUGCUGAUCUCAGGAAAAAGAUGGAGCAUGCAUUGGCUCUUGGGGACGAAGGGAUGUGA